AUGGGCGGCAAAACGUGGUCCAGACAAGAGGAGCGCUUCUUCUGGAGAACAAUUGUGCCACAGUCACCAAAAGCUGUGAAACCGUCUGAUCGAGUUCACGACUGGAAGGUCUGCGCUGAGAUCAUGCAGCAGGAAAUGGGAGUGAAUGCUCGCCGCAAGUAUUCGAAGCUGAUGCUCUUCGAACACUAUUUCCAGAAUGUCCAAACAGGACACAAGUCUCCUUGCGCUCGCGAGUUCGUGGUGGAGCAUAAACGCGCUCUUGUUGAGUUCCGCAGAGGAGGAGAGGUGGUCUCUGAUGUCGUGACUGGGAAGGACAUGUUACAAGCUCAGCAACGAAUCCAUGCCGUGGUGCGGAGCGAAGAAGCCCAAGAUGACAUUUGA